GAGAGCAAGAGAGAGAGAUUGGGCUAAGACCAACCCCCCCUGGAUGUUUCAGUUAGGUUCUGCUGCUCCGGUGUCUUGCUUGUCAGUUCUCUCUUGUGUGGUGGUUAGUGUGGAUUCUCUUCAACGCAUUGAUAAGAUCUCUACAAAUAAUAUUCAAGGAGUUGGACAAUAAUCGGCUCAGUCAAGACCCCUUCAACAGAGCACGUGAGCACCCCCUGGUGGCAUUGACAAGCAUUACACCUGUGAUCAGAGACGGGGAAAGAAAACCACUACCUGACUCAGCUGCAACUAACACCUUCUUGUCUAUUGGAUUAUAGUUCUGUCAUUCUAUGGAGCGAAACUCACAGAGAGCCCACAUACCAACUGGUAUUGAUCGGUAACUGAAGCAUGACAAGUUAAACUAUGCGUUAAUUAAUACCUAGAAUAAGGUAUUAAAAAGUCAACCAAAGAGUUCACUAAAGAAGACUUAACAAACAACAGAAACAUGGAGAUGGAAGCCUCCCGUGCUGCUUACGCUGGGACCUUCCCCACUGAAUCUAUAGGCUCUCUACCCACCAACACCUCCUCUCCAAGCCUGCUCCAAUUCUUCUGGGAUUACCAGAACAAUGAUGUCAUUGUGACGCACUACAACUACACAGGCAAGCUCCAGACAGACCGGUAUCGUGAGGGGUUAAAACCUGAAGCCAUAGCCUUCCUGGUAGUGUGUCUUCUUAUCAUCCUGGAGAAUGCUGUGGUUCUAAUAGCCAUCUGGACCAAUAAGAAGUUCCACCUGCCCAUGUACUAUCUCCUAGGUAACCUGACUCUGUCAGACCUCCUGGCCGGUGUCACCUACAUGGCCAAUAUCAUCAUGUCUGGUCCUAAUACACUGAGACUAACCCCAAUACUCUGGUUUCUGAGGGAAGGAGGCGUCUUUAUCACAUUAGCCGCCUCCGUCAUCAGCCUAUUGGCCAUCGCUAUAGAACGCCACGUUACCAUGGUGACAAUGAAACCAUACCACGGGGCAAAGAAGGGUCGGCUGCUGGCUCUGAUCGGGGGCAGCUGGGCGUUAGCAGGGCUGCUGGGGGUGCUCCCCGUCCUGGGCUGGAACUGUAUGGGUCGCCUGGACCGCUGUUCCACGGUUCUCCCGCUCUACGCCAAGUCUUACAUCCUGUGCUGCGUGUCCGUGUUCAGCGGCGUGCUCCUCGCCAUCGUCGUUCUCUACGCCCGCGUCUUCCGUAUCGUGCGCACUAACACCCAGCGCCAACGCCUCGGAGGAGCAAAGGGAAGCCUUCGCAAAGGCCUCGCCAGGAAAUCCCAGAAGUACAUGGCGCUCCUCAAGACAGUCACUAUUGUACUCGGCGUCUUCAUCGCUUGUUGGUUGCCGCUCUUCCUCCUCCUCGGCCUAGACUCAUUCUGCCCUGCCCGCCGCUGCCGACUGCUCCUCAAGGCGGACUACUUCCUGGGCGUUGCCAUGGUGAACUCGCUCCUCAACCCCAUAAUAUACACCCUGACCAGCAAAGACAUGCGUCGCGCUAUUUUAAAACUGCUCUGCCGCCCGUGUCUCAUGACCAAGGACGGGCAGGUGAAGAGGAUGGGGGUGCCGUUCCUGGAGUGUAGCUUCAGUAAGACGGAGGUGGCAUCGAAGAAGCUGGAAGGCCUGGAGACGACGAUCUCCUCUGGGAACAUCGUCACGGCUCAGUCACCCAUAAAGACUCUCUACCCCAAGCUCUUCAAGGUCUAAAGAGCCUAAUGUGGAUAGCUCUGUGAUGGACAGGGAACUAACUCCCUAUAGAAGAUGGACAACAUAAGUGCUCCAUAUGGCCUCCUGAAAAGACAGACCUGAAGGACCCUUUGGGCAGCUCUGUGUUUAAACCAUAGAAUUAGGGGCUUUGUCCCUUCCAGUAAUUGUAUUUCUAUGGAGUGAACUUCAUAUUGAAGUGGUGGACAACAGGAGUGCUCAAUAUGGCCACCUGAAAACGGCAUCACUUCCUGUUUGGCAACUCCACUCCAAUGGCCUUCGGCAGACUAGACUACAUCUAUAGCUCUCUUCUGGCCAAUGAACUAAGCCUAAGAGCAAACCCUCAAAAAGACAGGUGAAUGAUCUAUGAUUGCGACAGAUAUAGCUACAGGUGUUUUUGACGAGAGCAUCAAGUUCAGACAUAUCUCUCUUCAGCAAGUCUGUAGUGGUGCACUUGCAGCAAUAUCACCACAUCAAAAGACUGAUGUUGUAAGAAUGAUGACUAAACAUCAAGCCAGGUGGAAGAAAUGAAAAUGUGAAUUAAGCAACUCUUCUGGUAUUCACAAGAACCUUCCAGAACUGAUUUGCACUAAGUUAACUCUGCAUUGGGAGAGCAUUGAAAGCCAUGGAUUAAGAUUGGACAUUCUGUUCUAGAACUAAGACUGUAAACUGGACAUUCUGUUCUAGAACUAAGACUGUAAACUGGACAUUCUGUUCUAGAACUAAGACUGUAAACUGGACAUUCUGUUCUAGAACUAAGACUGUAAACUGGACAUUCUGUUCUAGAACUAAGACUGUAAACUGGACAUUCCAACCAUGUUGAGUUGUUGUGGCGAGUGCGCCUCCGUUUACUUCACCCAACAUUUUCUAUGUUGUUGUUGUUGUUUGAAAUGCCUUAAAGAAGGCAUAAUAUGGACAUAAUAAUAAUAUGUCUGUGGACACCUGGACUUCGCUGGCUCGAAGGUCCAUGUUGUGCCUGUGUCCCAAACGGCACCCUAUUCCCUAUACAGUGCACUACUUUUGACAUUUGGGAUACACUCCGAGACGCCGGUUGUGAUAACCCCAUACAGCGACACAGUGUGCCCAAACAGAAGCCUAUACAGGAAGUGGAUGCUGUGUUGUUCACCCACCAGUUGCUCUUUGAAACACAAACACACAAUGGAAACCUACACAUGCACCUAAACAUUGUGGUACCUGGAUGUGGAGGGAGGUGUCAAACAAUAUUAAGACCACAGGAUGCUGGUGAGGGGAGGACGGCUCAUAAUAAUGGCUGGAAUGGAAUAAAUGGAAUGGUGUUAAAAGUCAUAUAAACCAAGUGUUUUCUACCGUUCCAUUAAUUAUGUUCCAGACAUCACUAUAAGCCCGUCCUCCCCAAUUAAGGUGCCAUUAGCCACCUGUGACUAAGAUUAUAAUUUGAGUAGAAAAUCUCCACACUGUUUUAGUGGCAUUGUAGCUGUAGCUGUUGUUCUGUGCUUACUCAGUCAAGUGGAAACUAUCUGUUAGUUCCUGAUUCAAAUUCAUAUUUUAAAUGCCAUCACACACACUACAAUACAAAAACACUACUAUAAGAAUGUCACCAUGAACCCAACUACCUGCAGCUCUAAUCAGUGAUGGACUUCUUCCCCAAGCAAAGGACUUCAUGCAGUCCUUCGUGUUCCUCUUGUGUUAUUGUAUCGAUAAGAACCGUCUGUUGCACUUGGGGGUCUCUGUUUUGAAGACCGUGUUAUAACUGAUGAAACAACAGAUCAUCAGGUAACAGGUUACCAUCCUAACCUGCUAGUCGGCAUCAUCCAGCUGCAUUGGCUGUUUGGUAACGUUAGAACGUGCUUGUCAGCUAUAAAUCUAGAUCAAAGUGGGAAGGUAAAGAUGUAUACAGUGCAAUUCUAAGUUACAAACCCACCCAUUGACACAUCUGUUAUUUCUGGCUUUAGAGAGGAUUUUCCUAUACAGUCUAUGGACCUGAAUGUAUAUUUUUCACCAUUUAAACUGGUAAUGUCAUCUAGCAAUUCCAAAAUAAAAUGUGUUCUGUAUUUGGAUGGAUGAGAUGGUGCACCAUACUUUUGUACUGUGUGGUGUGUAUUGAGCAAUUUAUUUUUGUAUUUCUAAAGGAAUUUGCUAGGGCUUGUACUUUGUACUGUAAAGUAUAUGCUUUUUGUACUACCAAGGUUCUACCAUUAUUAAAACAACUGUUUUCUGAAGAAUCUGAUUAUAAAGUUGGUGUUCACUCUGCAGGAUUAUGCACAGAUGUACAGAGCCUUCAGAAAGUAUUCAAACUCCUUUUCCAUAUGUUGUUACAGCCUGGAUUUAAAAUGGAUUACAUUGAGAUUUUGUGUCACUGGCCUACACACAAUACACCAUAAUGUCAAAGUGGAAUUAUGUUUUACUAAUUCAUUCCAAAUGAAAAGCUGAAAUGUCUUAAGUCAAUAGGUAUUUUACUCCUUUGUUAUGGCAAGCCUAAAUAGGUUCAGGAGUCAAAUUGAGCUUAACAAGUCACAUAAGUUGCAUGGACUCUCCAAUAAAAGUGUUUAACAUGA